UGCAGAGGUUGUACUACAGAGCGGCAAAUGAAGGAAAAAAUUAACUGAACGACAGACAAUAGACUGAGUGACUAAAUGACUCUAUGACUCUGGCUGUUUGGCUGCUUAAUAAUUAAACGAAAUAAAUAUUUUUGUCAAAUACAUUUUAUUUAAAUAUUUUUGUAUUCAGUUGUAUUUGAACGUUGAGUGCUGAAAGACGUCUUAUUAAAGUUAAAUAAUUAAGAAAAAAGAAAAAAAUAUAUAUAAAUAUUAAAAAUGGCUGAUAAUAAUGAUUCAAAAUUCGGUUUCAAAAAUAAAGAAAAGGCCGAGGAAACCUUAGUCCUGUUGGAAAGUCAUGAUAUGCAAUAUCGUAAAUUGACUGUGCGUGGUUUAUUGGGCAGAGCCAAGAGAGUUUUAACAAUGACCAAAGCCGAAGAUAAAGUUAAAAAUAUCAAUGAUGCUAUAGAAGUAUUUGAGAAUUGGUUAGCCGAGAAUGGUGGUGGUGCCGCCAAUAAAAAUGCCAAAACCGAUAAUGAAGAUAAAGUAGAAACUGUACCUGGUUUGGGUUUCAAGGAUAAGGAAUCGGCAGAGAAAACACUCAAAAUUCUAGAAGACCGUGAUCCUGAAUAUCAGAAACUUGCUGUCAAAGGUCUAAUUGGCAGCUCAAAACGUGUACUUUCCGGUACUAAAAAUGAAGAAAAGAUUCAAUCCAUCAAAGAAGGUGUUAAAAUACUAGAAGAUUUCCUUGAGAAAUUCGAAACGGAAAAUCUCAUCAAAAACAAUAGAGCCUAUUUGGCUUACAAUGUUAUAGAACAAUUACCCCAGCCGGAAGAUGCUUUACAGGCAGAAUUCCUUAAAGCCUAUGGUGGUCCUAAGGCUAAGGGUAAUUACAAACAUUUGCGCACCAUGUUCCCUGCCGAUGAUGACUCCACUUCGUGGGAUAUUAUACGUAAUAGAAAUAUUGCCAAAUUAUUAGCAAAACUUAAGGAAGAAGAUGCUAAGCUGUUCGAUGAUACUGGUAAACCCUCCGAAAUACACAUGCAAUUGAUACACUGGGCCUACAGUCCACAACCGGAAAAGGUUAAGAGCUAUGUGGGAACAUUGAAAAAAGAUACUCCACCACCAGAACCCAAAAAGGCAGAAAAACGUAAAUGUGAAGAAUCAGCUUCAUCUGGUUCCGGUUCGGCCUCGGCUUCGGAAGGUAGUGAGAAGGAAGAAGAGAAUGGUGAAUCUCCUGAAAAGAAGGCUAAGACUUCUUAAAUGUAAUUAAUGUAUUUUGCGUUCCAUACCAAGCCAUUUACUAUAGUAGUACUUACAAAUAAAUAGUUUUAAUUUAAAAAGAAAUUUAAGUUAAAAGGGUAUUAUCACAAAAGAUUUAGUAAUAAAUCAAAUGGUCUUUACAUUCACUCAACAAAGUGCAUAAAUCUUUAGCAUUGUAAAACACCUAUGUAGAAUUUUAUUUGUGUCGGGUGUUUAAACAAAAAGAAAAUUUGUUAUAAUAAAAUUCAGUUAAGGUAUCCAAGUACUAAAGCUUUGCUGAAAUAAAAGUUAGAAAACUAAAAGCUUUAAGUCCUUAAUAUCUUGAAUUAAAAUGUAUUUGUAUCUCAUAUGUAUAUUGUUCAAUUAUAUUUUUUAUGAAUAUUGUUUUAUUAACUACUUAUGAGUGUGUUUACUUACAUACAUAUGUAUAAUAAAUAUAUACAAUAAUACAUUUUCUACAUUUACAAAUACAACACUAUUACAAAUUGUUAUCAUAUCAAUCAAUUAA